CGGUGUCGCGGGGGAAAUGUUGGGACAGUACGGCUCCGAUGGCGAAGUCGGAGGCGUCAGUGGUGACAUAGAAAUGGCGAGUGGGGUCGACGAUCUUGAGGACAGGGGCCGUGGUCAUGGUUUGCUUGACGGAGACAAUAUGGCUGAGGUAUUCGACGCUCGAAGCGGCAAACGUACAUUUGUUGAGCUUGGCGUAGAAUUUUUGCUCGCGGAGGAUCGAGAGAACUUGGCGGAGGUGCUGAAGGUGGGACUCGAAGGUGGGGCUGAAGACAAGGAUGUCAUCAAGGUAGACGACGACAAAGACUUCGAGGAGGUUGUGGAAGAUGUGGUUCAUGGUAGAUUGGAAGGUAGCGGGGGCAUUGAUGAGUCCGAAGGGCAUCACGAGAAACUCGUAGUGCCCGAACCGAGAGCGGAAGGCGGUCUUGUGGGUGUCCUCCUCGCGGAUAUGGAUCUGGUGGAAGCCACUGCGAAGGUCGAUCUUGGUAAAGUACUUAGCUCCACGGAGACGAUCAAGGAGGUCGGAAAUGAAGUGAUGGAGGUGGUCUUCGGGGGUGAUGUGGUGGAAAAAGCGGGUGCGGGAGGUGCCGGGGGGGGCCUGGUGGUGGGGGUGGAGGAGUCGAUCGUGGUGGAGCAUGCGAGAGAGGAGGUCAGCAAGGGGCAUGUCGGGUUCGUGGGCGAGGGCGGUUSCAAGGUCUUUGUGGCAUACUCGUUUGAUGCGGGAGAUGAACGCACAGUCGGGAAUGACGGUGUGGGGGAGGUGGUGUCGGAGGGAGCGGACGUAUUGGACGAAGCGGUCCGUGGGACCGGUCUGGCRGAGGUGGCAGAAUUGUUCAAGGUAGUCGUCAAUGGUUUUCUGGGGGCGGAAGGUGGCAGCGAGGAGGGUGGCCCAUUGGAGGAAGUUGUGGCGUGGUCCUCCAGAGGCUCGACGGUUGUUAACUUCAGCCAUCCAGCAUUUGGCUGCAUUAUCGAGGAGGCGGGAGGUGGCAAUGGGGAGCCAGUGGGUGAAGGGGCAUGUGGUGGAGUUGAAAAGAGUUCUGAAGCUGGGUUAGGAAGAGGAAAACGUCCUCGUGGGGGAGGCUGGAGAAGGACAUGAUUUCGCCAGAUCGGAAGGAAAGGGGAAUUUCCCCGUCGCGGUGAACGAUCU